AGAGAGGAGGAAAAACAGGGAACGAGAUGAACUGAAGGAGGAGAAGAAGACGAGAGAUGUGUUCACAGUAACGUUCGUUCGCCCGCAGUAGGAAUCCCGACCGUCUCUCUCUCACCAUGAGCAUCUUGGCUCUCUCACCCAUGGCCCCCGAGCCUCCGUCCCCCAUGGUCACCUCCGUCACACCCGUCACCCCGACCAUGGACCCCCGCAGCUCCACCUCCCCCACUGCCCAUCUCAGCCAGGCUCUGGAGCACCAGUCCCAGGACCGGGCCUCCUCGCUGGGCCCCGGCCCCAGCUAUGGACCUCGUCUGAGUGGAGACCUCUCCAAGAGGUCAAAGAAACCUCCGCCCCUCCACACCGGAGCCGACUGGAAGGUGGUCCUCCACCUGCCGGAGAUCGAGACGUGGCUGAGAGCGACCAGCGACAGGGUGACACAGCUGACUCACUCUGCGGGACAGGACGGGGACAACAGACACGUGGACGUCCACCUGGUGCAGCUCAAGGACAUCUGUGAGGACAUCUCAGACCAUGUGGAGCAGAUUCACGCUCUGCUGGAGACGGAGUUCUCCCUGAAGCUUCUGUCUUACUCCGUCAACAUCAUCGUGGACAUCAGGACGGUGCAGCUGCUGUGGCACCAGCUCAGAGUGUCCGUCCUCGUCCUGAAGGAGCGUCUCCUCCAGGGUCUGCAGGACUCCAACGGAAACUACACCCGUCAGACGGACAUCCUGCAGGCCUUCAGCCAGGACCAGCAUCAGACUCGUCUGGAUGCGCUGACCGAGGUGGACGACUGCGGUCAGCUGACCAUUCGCUGCAGCCAGGACUACUUCUCUUUAGACUGUGGUAUCACCGCCUUUGAGCUGAGCGACUACAGCCCGGGUGACGAGCCCGAGGCGCAGGGAGCAGAACCGGACGACCAGGACCCCUCCCAGGACCAGGAGCUCCAUCGGGCCCAGAGCCCCCUCCCAGAACUGGGGUCAGUGGAGAGCGAAGGACCCUCCCCCUCAAACCCAGAACUCUGUAACAGUUUACCUGAACUCACCACGCCUGGUGACUUCAUAAACCACAACCAUUCUCCGUCAUUAUUACCCAUAAUUCAGUGUGGCACGCCCAGCCACAGUGAAGGUGCCAAGCGCCCCCUGCAGGGCGUGAGCCACAGCACUGAGGUGUCACCCACUCAGCCAUCACUCCCCAAGAGGGCGGCCCUGUACUCAGACAGAAGAACCAGGGGCGAGAACACAAGGGGAGGUUCUGGGAAGGUCAGCCCGCUCUCUGGCCUCCAGUUCCAGGCCGAGCUGAGCCGAAGCACCCCCUCUCUCAUGGAUCCUCCAGACCGCUCCAAGUUCUGGUUGGAACUGGACUCGGUUUAUCCAGAAAAUGUUUCACUGUCCUACGAGAGCCUGCAGGUCAUGAACGGGCGAAACCUGCAGAGAAACCACGUGAGCUCCAGACACGGUGGACGUUUCGACGGCCGCAUGCAGAGACCGCUGACCGACCAGAGGAGCUCAUCUGUGGCCGGACCGAACCUCAACGCCCCCCUGCCUCCACUGGAGCCUGUGUCUCAGGAUGAAAUAUCAGACCAAAUGGAAAGGACGCAGAAGGAGACACAUGCACACAGCGAGGGGGACUCUGACUCCUCGUUGCCCUCACCCAUGAGGGAGCAGCUCCUCUCUUCAGACCUGGAGGUGUCUAGAGAGGAGUCAGACCCCCGACCACCUCCCGGCAAGACGGCGGUCUGGAUCGUGAAGCGCCAGGAGCAGAAGGGGGUGCUGGUUUCACCCAGAGCCAGUCCAGACCGGGAGCACUGGUAUGGGUCAGAAGAGUUUCUGGCUCUCCCCGCUCAGCUCCGGAAGACGGAGAUGCUCACUAUGAAACUGGAAAGUCUGGCUCAGUCCAUCCCGCUGCGACCUGGCGACUCCGACCCGGAGGCGCUGCAGGACGUCGACGACUGGGACCUGACGGAGCUCAACACAGACUGGGACACCGGGGACAAUGCGAGCAGCGUGGGCGAGAGCGGGGACGACAAUCCCUCUCCUCUGCCGCCGCUGCUUCCUUACAGACGACACCUGGUCUGCCGCUUUAGCCCCACCUCCUCCAGUGAUAUAGCGCCCUCUGUGGGCGAAAGCAUAGAGUCCGGACCGUUAAGCGACCUUCAGUCUGAAGAGGACGAGGGGCGGGGCUCUGCGGAGGGGCGGGGCUCUGCGGAGCGCCCCCUGCAGCUGACAGCGUCUUUAAUGGACGGACGUGGAGGUGUGUCCUUGGUGCAAGAGCUGCUGGAGGACAUUCAGACUCACGACAAAGACCCCGACAUCUGGAGGAAGAUCGAGUGUUUCGUGCAGCAGUUGGACGGGUUCAUCUCGUGGCUGCAGGGGGCGCUGGACAGCACCGAGAACUGGACGCAGCCCAGACAGGAGCUGGACAGCCUCGGGGUUUACCUGGACACACACCUGAGUUUCAAGCUGAACGUGGACAGUCACAGCGUUCUGAAGGAGAGCGUGGUGGAGGAAGGAAGAGCCCUGCUCGCCGUCAUCACCUCCCACCAAUCAGGUCUGAAGGAUAUCCUCCAUAUGGUUUCCAGCCAAUGGGAUCAGCUGCAGCGGCAGAUCCGGCGCCAACAUGGCUGGAUGCUCCGCGCCCUCCGCUGUAUUCAGGCCCGCCUCCUCUACACCUGCCAAUCACACGAGCUCCUCACAGCCUCGACCGAGCCGUCAGCGGGUCGGCAGAGUCCGAGUCCGGUGGACGGCCUCAAGACUGAACUGAUCUCCAGUCAGCGAGAAGCCCAGCGAGCCGCCCUGGAGCAGAUGGCCGUCAAGCUGAGCAGCCUGCGCUACCCCUCGUCCACCAGCAGGAGGCACUACAGCCAGAUGGCCAGAAGCAGCAGUCUGCAGGAGUUUGAGGCAGAGUACCAGGAGCUCUGGGAUUGGCUGAUGGACAUGGACGCCAUGGUGAUGGACAGUCACCAGCUGAUGAUGUCAGAGGAGCAGAGACAUCACCUCUUCAAGAGCAGCCACGCCGAGCUGAUGAUGAUGGAGAGCAGGAAGACGAGCCUGCUGGGCCGGGCCGAGUCUCUGAAGAGGAGCGGCGUUGAGCUGCCCAGCAACUUCCACUGCAAAAUACACAACCUGACGCACACGUGGAGGCAGCUGGAGAAAAUCCUCUCAGACCAUCCAGGUCCCAGUUCCUCCCAGCAGAACCAGUCGGCCAACGUUCACGCUCUGCUGGUCGGUGGUCGCGGCGGCGCGGUGGAAAACCCUCGCUCGGCCCUGUCCCCGCUGACCAACUCGCUCCUGGAGCAGCUGGAGGCCCGCAUCAAAGAGCUGAAGGCCUGGCUGCGCGACACCGAGCUCCUCAUCUUCAACUCGUGUCUCAGACAAGACAAAGACGCCUCCGAGCAGCUGCAGAGCUUCAAGUCUCUGUGUGCGGAGGUGCGAGCCCGACGCCGAGGAGUCUCCUCCGUCCUGAAGCUUUGCCAGAAGCUGCUGCAGCAGAGUCAGUCGGGCCCCAUGGCGGAGGUGGGCCCCGAGGCGGAGCAGCACCGGGAGGCCCUGCAGCUGCUGUCAAUCAACCUGGAGAGGAGGUGGGAGGCGAUCGUGAUGCAGGCGCUGCAGUGGCAGAACCGACUGAGGAGAGAGCAGCAGGUUCCUGGGAACUUUCUUGAACCAGGUCUCGUCGACCUCCACCAGAUCAGCCCGGUCCCGGUUGGUCCAGUGGCCCAUGUGCCAGAGGACUCCUGGGAAUGGGAUGAAACCGAUAUGACAAUCACAGAAACAGAAACACAAGAAGAACCAGAACCCGACCUGACGCACAACUUCAACACAGAACCAGAUCUGCCUUUGGACAUUGCGCUGUCCAAUCGGAAUCAACCCGACAGGAUUCGAACCGGAGUCCCAACCACUCAGCGUCCUGAGAAUCUGUCCAACACCGUGACGGGGUCAUCGUCAGAGGUCCAGCCGAGUGGGACUUCCCAAACUGCCCCCCCAAACAACAAUAACAUCUACCAGGUCUACAGCCUCCAUAACGUAGAACUAUACAGACAACCGCAGUUUCCUCUCAAUUCUUCCUCUCUGCACAAAACCAAAUCAGGAAAACAGAAACAGCAACUCCUGCUGAAGAGCCUGAGUAAAGACUCCUCUUUCUCCUCGAUCGAAUCCCUCCCAGACCUCCUGGGAGGUUCGAUGUCAAACAGCCAAGGAGGAGAUAAGAUCAAUGGAUACCUGGAUGGAGAGAGUGAGAGGGAAGGUGGCAGAGGAAGUGGGCAGUCGGCAAACAGUCGUCGGUCAGAGUGCGAGAGCGGGAUCGUUAGUGACACAGGAGAAACAGAGACAACAACAAACUCUGAAAUCCAGGAAGAGGAGGAGGAGAAGGAAGUGGAGGAAAAUGAGGAAGAUGAGCAGAGGAAGGAGGAAACUGAUUUGACUGAUUUGUGCAAAGACGUCACCAAAUACAACCAAAGAAACAAGACAGAGGAUAACAAGAAAGAGAAAGAAUGGAAGAGGGAUGAAAACAGAGUUGAAAGUAGAAGAAACAGAGAGGAGGAGAAGAGGAGGAAGCACAGGAGGGGAGGAGGUGAGGCGGUUGAGAUCCUGAUGAACAGGCGUGGGAUCCUGACACCGACGGACUCUGACUCCGACUUUGAGGCAGGAGGACUCGGUGUGGACUCCUCAAAGCCCUUUGUGUCUCGCAGUCCCAUCACAGGGUUGAAAGUUGACCAGCUCCACAGUUUGGAGUCGUCUCCUGCUCUGAGCCGCCGGGCGUCCAGUCCGGUUCUGUCUCAGGGCUCCUCCCUGGAGUCUCUGCUGGCGCUGGGUGGGGAGCUGUUUCCCUCCAAAGACCCGUUGCAUCGUAGCGCCUCCCUGGAGAGCUGCCUGGCCCCGUGUCGCGGCACUGAAGGGGAGAAUGGAGGCAGCCUGGCCAGCCUCGGGGAGCUGGACCUGGGGCCGAGCAGAGAGGGGGAGGGAGGAGAGCAGGGGGAGGAAAUGAAGACUGAAAAUGUGCAGGGAGAACCAUCCUCUGGGGAGCUGAGUCGUAGAACCCUUGAUCUCCUGAAACGCCUGGAGAACAUCCAGAGUCCUCUGAUGGCAAAAAUGACCCGUAGUGUUUCUGACAUGACGCUUCGGGGCAGCCCCCCGCCGCAGGGCCGAAUCCCUGCCUCUCCUUCCUUUGGUGGUCGACCCACACCCCUCUAUGAAAUGUCGAGUUCUUCGAGGAAAGGGCCGCCAUCCCUGAUCAACGAAAGUUCGGCGACUGCAUCGCUGACGGAGCUGAGCAGCACGGAGGACUCAUCUGUCGGGUCUGAAGAUUUUGCUUUGCUCAGAAAUCAGCGGCGCCAGUUCCUGGAUCCCAACAUGGCGGCAAAUGCUAACUCAGGCUCUUAUAGGAAACGUUGCCCCGGAAACAGUCGAGGAGGACAAUCGAUGGAUGAAGCGGAUGCGGCGAGCUUGAGCAUGGUGGUGAAUGUGUCUUGUGCAUCGGCGUGCACGGAUGAGGACGAGGACGACAGCGACCUCCUGUCUUCCUCCACGCUAACGCUCACUGAGGAGGAGCUUGGCGUACGGGACGGAGAGGACGAAGAGGAGGAGAGGUUGAGCUGCAUCUCGUCUGGUAACGACAACGAUGACGAUGACGAUGAAGAGGAGAUGGAGGGCUCUUACGUGCUGGGACUGGAGUACAUGAGGAGCGAGCUGCAGAGUUGGAUACGAUCUCCUCGCACCUCCUCUAAAACUGAGGCAGGUCUCAGGGACGAGCUGCAGUGUGGAACCCACCUGUCCUCCUCCUUCACCACCUCCUCUCACAACAAGGAGCAGCACGGUUUCCUAAACCGCUCAGCUGCCAAAUUAAUAGAGACCAGCACCAACAGUGGCAACGACAAAACAAAAAGAGAUAAGAAGGAGCAGGAGGAAGAGGAGGAGAACAGGAGGAAUGUAACAAGGAGCUACAUCAGCCAGUUUGUAGAUGACGUGGAGAACGGAAAUGUGGAUCAGAGCUGUUUAAAGGGGAAAGAUGAAGAUGAUGAGCUCCUCAGAGAGGAGUCGAGUGUGUUCACAAAGAAAGGGGAGUCACUGAGGGAAUCGUAUGUGUUUGCUCCGACAGGAGAGUCAGUUCGGGACGUUGGCGGCUUGAUCGUGAAAACGGAAUCAAACUCAACGAAGCAGCUUUCUUCAUCUCCCACCUGUGAACUCCUCCCAUUCAGACGGGCCUCCUCCUUGGUGGGACAGCUGCAGGGAGAGCUGCCCUGCCACAGCUCCUCCCUCCCCUCGCCUCUGUCCCUCUCACCCGUCGAGGACUGCAGAUCCCAUGAUGCAUUGCACAGCAGCAGGCCAGAGGCUGGCGGCAGAAAGGCCAUCACCAUUCAGGAAAAGUUCAAAUUCUCAUCGUUUGUGACGGAGGAGACAAGGAGGGAGGUGAGAGACAAGGAAUCGUCCUUGCCUCCCAAAAAACGCCGCGGUUGCCACGCGUCGUGCCACGACCACCGUCCUUCUUCCUCCUCCCUCCGUGCGUGCAGCGUGGACGAGGGCAAGACAGAGAACGUGCAUGACUUCGUGAUGGAGAUUAUUGACAUGACCUCCCUGGCGCUGAGGAGCAAAGAGAAUCAGCCUGAAGACCUGAGCCAGGUGGAGGUCGGCGGGUCGAAUCCAGACCAAGGCCCCGCGUCACUGACACAGAUCAGAGACAAGGUGCUGGAACACUCCCACCGGCCUCUCCACCUCCGUAAGGGAGACUUCUACUCCUACCUGUCGCUCUCCUCCCACGACAGCGACUGCGGCGAGGUCAGCCAGUGCUCCGAGGACAAGAGCUCCUCCCCGGCGCCGUACAGCCUCCCGUCGUACGCCACCCCCACACAGGGCCUCCGCAGCCCGAGCCCGGAGCUGUUCACCAGCACCAGGCGGCAGCGCUGCUCCCCGAGCCUCGACUCCAGGAACGACCUCCGCGCUCUGGAUCUGAGGUCAGCCGAAAGAGAAGCUAACGGCUCCGAGCCCACCAGCCCGUCGCAGUCCCUGCCCCCCAGCCCCGACAUCAGGGACGAGGAGACGCUGUUCGCAGCCUGCACAGAGGAGGUCUACCUGGGCCCGCCUCUCUGCUACAGCAUGGUGCUCACCAGGAAACCACGGACGCCGCGGCUGAAGGAGAACUCGCCGAGGAACAGUCCAGAGAACCUGCCUUCCUCAAAUGAUGCGUCUUUGACUCCAGAGGGGCCUCAUUCAGAACCCGGGGAUGUUAGGAGCCACUUGUGUCCCUCAGAGGAGUCUGUGUUGGCCAGAACCCAGACAGAGGAGACCCAGCGCUCCUUCCUUCCUCUCCUGGAGCCUCGUUACACCUCCUUCUCCACCUCCUCGCCCUCAACGACCAUCCCCGCCUCCCUCCAGGGGCCCGGCCGCCAACCAAAAGACGACAACCCUCCCUCUCCUCCUGCUGCCGUGUCCCCUGGCGCCGAGAAAGAGAGGCAAGGUGAGGACUCGCACCUCCUCUGUGAUGUCGCUGGAAGAGAAGUGGCGGCCGCUGCGAGUGUCAGUGCGCCGCAGGAGGAGAGGAGUCGUAAUGAGGGGCCUGCUUAUCUUAAUCCCUGGGCACGUGUCGGCCCGAUAGACUCCUCCGCAGCCGAAUGUUUGGAAGAUACUAAAACGCUUGAAUCCAAUAUGGGCACCGUAAUGACCAAGAUAAGUGUCUGCGGCUCCGCUACAAAUCCCUCAAAAGAGCCAGCCGCCACGCGUAUUAAUCCCAAAAUUAACUGCUCGCCGAUGAGAGAGGCAGAUAGGGGGGGGGAGGAGGGGAGGCGAGGAGAUACUCGGCGGGUGAAGCGGGAGGAGAAGACGACGAGAGGGCGGAGCGGCUCGCAGCAGGAAGCGAGGACAGUGGCGGCAAAGCAGGUCAGCGCUCAGUCGACUGUCACUCUCACCACCAGAGCGGCGCAGGGGCGGAGCCAGGCCUCAGUGAGAUACCCCACCUCGAGGGCGGGGCCAGUGAGACGACUACCUGUGCCGGGAGCUGGAACCUCCGGGAUCCAGCUGUAGGGGGCGCUCUCUGCGUCUCCUCCCCGCUGAGCUGCUCUCUCUCCUGGGCUCCGACCCUCCGGCUGCCUCCUCUGAUCUGAGCUGAUCUCCACAGAGCGGACUGAGAGCUCAGGGUGACCUUCACUCUCCACGUUCCCAGGGAUGAACUGUGGUUUCUGAUAUUUACAAAACUGUUCCAGCCUCAUUAACGAAAGAGUUAGGAAAUAAAACAUGUAGUGAACCUAUAUCCAACAAUGUAAAUGUGAUUAUCCGGUUGUUAGACAAAGCAGUGAACUGAGCUCACAGGCAGGUGGAGAGUCUCCAAGGUCACAGGUCAGACAUUGAAACUGGGCUGAAUAUAAAAACACAUUUUCAGUCUGGAUGAAAAACAGAAUCCGCUCCAUCUUCUCAGGCCUGGUGCACACGAGAGGAUUUCAAACACUUCAAAACCCGAGACUCCACAGACUCGACGACAGAUCUAAUCAAUUGUUAAAAUCAUAUUUAUAAAAAACGCACCAACAGUCGUGAUUCCAGAGACUCGAACGUGACUUCAGAAGAAAAACUAACAUGGAGGAGGGCCGACGUCGUGUGUUCGGUUUUACAGCGAAGAACAAAACGUGGAACGAGCUUUUGCAGCUCGAGCUGAGUCGGAUACGUUGUUGUUGUUGUUGUUGUUUUUAUUCGCUGCUGUAAAAGUAAACAACAUCUGGUUGGUGACUCUUCCCGCUCGGCUCGCUCUCAUUGGCUGUCGAGGGUUUAUGCUCAUGUGUCUUCCAUCGGAGAUCAUGACCCAACAUGGUUGAUAUUUACGAUUCGAGAGCCGACCCGAUCUGUAGCAUUAAGAUUAUUUAGUAAACUCGGGAUAAUCGGGAACACCCCCCCGAUAGUUGGAAGGGGGUGAAUCUAAAUUUGUCCAGUUCAUCCUGAAGUGUGCACCAGCCCUAGUUUAAUCACCCAGUAUGUUCAGGAGGAGGUGGAUGUGAGUCGGCUGCUGCUUCACGCUCUCACAGACCUUCUGUAUUUUCUUAUUCGGGAAACGUUCCGUUGUUUUCCCGAGGCCGAGUUCGUCUGGUUCUGGUUCGUCUGGUUAUUUUCUGGAGCUACCUCAGUUCUGCUUCUGCUGGGACACACACGUCUUCAGCCACUUUGCAUGAACUUUAACUUUCACCCACUGUUUGUCGGAAAACAACCUGUUGUCUUAUUAACACACGGUUAAAGUGCAGUGUUGUAGCACAGGUAGCAUGUUCUCAGUCUUUAGCUGUAGCUGACGUCAGUGUUCAUAUUAAUGUGCGGGACAGCUACACAGCACAUGUCAUAAGACUCAGUGGACGGACAAUAAUAUCUGCAUCUCACAGCCGGAGCGUCUCCAGACUCCUCAAGUCAAACUAAACGUGUUUUAUUUCAAGGAUUUAACAGAAGCAUCGUCACUGUCGACCCAAACAAAACAUCGUAGAAGAUAAUUUCCUGUGAAUAAAAGCUAUUAAUACUAAAACAUGUUGAAAGAUCCACAUGCACAUCAGUGUAAUCAGCUUUGUUGGAGUUACACAUAAAACUUUACACGAUAUGAAGAGUCCGAUAAGUUUAUAAUUUACAGUAGAUGCUAAAAUAGAAGUGUGUUAUUGUGAGUGAAACACGAGUUGAGGAUUGGACGACGUCAUGGUUCUCGCUUGAUCUUUAUUUGGAGGCAGGAUCACUGGAAGUCAGAGUUGGAAAUGUUGAGAGAAAGUACAGUAUUUGUUUAUUUAUAAUAAUUUGAUCAUUUUAUACCAGUUUGAGAAGAUUUUACUCCACAACAGGCGUAAAGUUGACUUUGUGCAUCAGAUACACAGGAAAUACACUGAUUGUUCGGAAAAUAUUCAAAUAAGAAAUCAGAGGCUCCCUAUGCUCCUCUAUGAAAUUAGUUUUUAUUUAAUUGAUUUGUUUCGUAAAAAGAAUUCUGCUUUGCAUUUUCAGUCCCGUGCCAGUAGGGGGUGCUGCAGCCCCCCCCACUUCCAGCGUCACGUUCAGACGACUUCCUGUGUGUCCCUGAGCUUUAAACCGUUCAUGAUCAGUCCAGUUGAUGUUUAACAAUCAGCCACUUCACUGCAACUUCUCAAACUUGAUCACUUGACAGGGACUCGCAGUUGGCAGGCGAUGGCGUUGGCGAUGUGGUGAAUCUGGAAAACCAGGUUCAACCUACGUGUUGUUCUGUUGGUUCUCAGGAAGUCGUCUUUAAGUCAACAAAACCGAGUCCGUCCUUUUCCAACUGCUGGUGGAGCAGGACCGUUGAAUCCCCUAGAGAACGACGAAGGAUCGAAGAAGUAGCCGUCGUCGUAAAGUUAGUAACUCUCCCCUCAACUUCCAUGUCGCUGAAAUCCACCUGAUCGUAACCACUACUUUACUCGAGAGGCAGGGAUUGGUCGAUCCCCGGUGAACGCUCUCGUUGGUAGAAGGGCGCCAUCUUCCCGUUGACCUCGACGUAUCACUGCAAGCUUUUAAUGGGACUCAAAUACUCAAACUUUUAAGACCCUGAUUGAUUCUAAGACCGAUUGAUGGAUUGUUGGAUAAACCUGAAAUAUUCGCUACGUUAGCUCGACCGAAGUGGCCCCCAAAAAAAAUAGAUAGAUAAAAUCAAAACGGCAUUUUUGUCUAUGCAACACGACCAAAGUUGGCGAACGCUGGUGUGGUGUUGUUGUGUAGGCGUUGAGGUGCGAUGACUGUUGGCGAGGACGUGUGUUGUUGUUAAUGCUGUACGUACAACACGACUGUAACGCGUGUUGAUUUCUUUUUUUAUUCUCCUGAGACGAUGAUUAGCAGUUAACGCUGGGGUUUGGGAUUGGUGUUGAGACGGGUGUGUGUGUCUGUGUGUGUGUCUGUGUGUCUGUGUGUGUGUGUGUGGGACAAAAUAGGGUUUAAAAUCUUUAAACUAUAAUUGUGUGCCUUGCUCUACUGUUACUACUUCUACCUUUUCUUUAGUGAAGUAAAACCACUGCUUCGGUGAUGAAAACAUGCAACAACAUAUUCAAAAUGAGAAACAAACAGUUUAAUGCGAGGUCGACGUUGAACCUGUGUAAAUAUGUAAAGGUGUGAAACCUCGGUGUGACGCGCAGGGGGAGGAAUGCUUGGUGUUUGUGUUUAUUUAUGUUUUGUGGUCUGUGAUGUGAAAUAUCUUUAUUAUUAGUAUUGGCCAUAAAGAGCUUGACUGCAUGGAUCCUGCUGAAUACAAUGUAAAACCAACUGUUGACAAAUAAACUUAAUUUAUUGGAAAAAUGAACAAACAAAUGUGGGUUGUUGUUUUUUUUUGCUGUUGUGUUAAUCACAUUUUGUUGAAUCAGCACAAAGGGAAACUAACGUGUUUUCUCAUCGUGCUCUGAACCUCUUGCUAUGUUAGUCACUGCGACCUUGACCUUUGGCCUUUGACCAUCAAAUUCUAAUCAGUUCAUCCACGAGUCCAAGUGAACGUAUUUACCACAUUUGAGGAAAUUCCCUCACGGUGUUUUUGAGAUAUUGUGUUCAUAAGGAUGAGACCUGAAAGCAAACGGCCUCCGACCACCAGCCUGGGGACGUAUUUAGAGGACUGAUGUCUUUCAGCGUGAUUUGGUGCAGCUUGAUUAAAUCUAACGGACUUGAC